AUGACGAGUGCUCUCAAUAAUCCUCCUUUAUCCCGAUGCCACUCGCUCGAAGAUCCUCUUAAAAUACCCACCACCCCGCCCCCCCCCCUACCCCCACAUCCGCUUCUUUUAAUAUCCGACGAGGCCGCGGAAUGCACUCCGGUGUCCGUACCGCGCGACGCGGCCGCGGCCUUUCAUCUCCCCCACCCGACGCGACGGCAAUUAAAGGCGACGGCAAAAAGGCCCAAG